AUGGCGGAGGCGGUCGGACCGGGAGGCGACUGUGGCUCCUCUCCGCCCGACGGGACCGACUCGUUUCCCGGCGAGGAACACGAGUGCAAAAUAUGCUACAACUACUUCGACUUGGACCGCCACACUCCCAAACUGCUGGGCUGUUCCCACACCUUCUGCCAGGCGUGCCUGGACGCCCUGCACUCCCUGGGGGGCCGAGGGUGGAGAAUCGGUUGCCCCGUGUGUCGCCACCGAACUCCCGUACCGGAAUAUCGGGUUCACAACCUCCCCGACGACACCGCCGUGACGGAAGCGCUGCCCCUUAAAAGGCAGGAGCGGUUGAACUCGGCAGACGCAGAUGGCCACGCAAGCCCACCCCUCCCAUCAGCAACCUCCCAGGAGAGCGGCGAACUCUGUCGGACCUGCAUGAGAAUUGCGUCUGCGAUGGGCUGUGUGUGCGCCAUCUUCUCGUUCCUGGCCAUGGUGGUGUUGUCAUUUCUGGGCCUCAUCCUCAUACACAACUUCAGUAACACUGCGUGGCCACUGGGCUCUGUCUGUUUGUCCGUAGCCAGUGUCCUCGCCCUGUUUUUGCUCGUUCUCACUUGGUUAAUGUGCGCGUUGAAGCACCGACCGGAGACGGAAGCGAGCAACUUCAGUUCCCUCAACUCUGAUAUGAUGUGA